GACCAAUGCAACAUCCAGGACCUGACAGCUGCAGCACUUUAGACCUUGGACUGAACCAGAUUGUUGUCUGUAAAUCAUCUGUAUGCUGUGCCUCAUUUUUUCUGUUCCAGCUAAGCCAACAACAUUUUCGCCAAAUCUCUCUCUUUCUGGGAACCACCAUUCCUUCUGAGGACACCCUGGCCCCCUCUCAGGUUCAGGGGUCCUCAGUCUGGGAAUCAUCACAAACAGAACCAGAGUGGAUUUCAAGGACUGGAUAUAAAAUAUCAUCAGUGGUCUCAGAGGCGAGGCAAACACAACUGGUGGUGCAUAAUCUUCAGUCUGAUAUCAGCAGGCCCUGCAGACACGUCCCGUUCACUCUGCUCCAGCCACCGGAGAGGGACGAUGCUCCGGAGGAGUUCGAGGAGCAGAUCUACGUUUUCUUAGCUGCCACUCAGGCACACGGGGGCUCCACGGGGAGGAGGAGGAGACAGGGAGUGCGUCCAUCCAGCCGCUCACCAGCCUCAGAAGUAUCCCAUUCCGCCGCCUGGACCUCCCCCGUGCCCCUGUCAGCCAGCGCGAGACUCUCCAUCCUUUACUACCGCGAGCUGCGGUCUGUUGGCGGCGUAGCUGCCGCACGCGCAGACCGGCGAGAGCGGCGCGGCGGAGAAGGACGAUGAGCGGAGGACAAGAGGAACAGGAGUCCGUCUGGCAGCGCUUUCCCCCGGUGUGGGGGUAGACGACCGGACCGCAGAGCAACUCUGACUCCAGCCGUGACAGGACGCGUUUUCCCGCUGCUUCCCCCAUCUCUGUGAAGGGCAUCAUGACCCAGGAGGGGCAGGCUCUGCCCUCUCCCACUCCACCUGAGAACCCAGCAGAGCCCAGUGCAACCACCACGGACGCACCAGCAGAGACGCACCAUGAAACAGCUGAGAACGGACCAGAGGCUCAGGAGGACGACACAGAGGAGGGGAACCAAGGGAAAGAGAUCAAAGGAACGGAAGGGGUGGCACAGGAGGAGACACACGGGGAAGGCGAGGGGAGUGCGCAUGUAAAGGAUGAGGGAGGAGGAGGAGAGUUAGAAAAUGUUGCUGGUGCUGAGGCGGAGGAGGAAGGGGACAAUGAAGACAUGCAGCCUUCUGCUGCUGAGGAGACUGGACAACCUGGACGGCUGGAAAAUGGUUUAAAUGGGAAAGAUGAAGAGGAAGAAUUUGGUGAAGAUGAUGAAGAAGGAGACGGGAGGGAGGGAGCCACAAAUCUGGACACGUUCAGCUCUAACUUUGAGACAAAUGUAGAGCAGGCUGACACAGAGGUGGAGGAAGAGGAGGAGGAGGAGGUCCAGAGAGACGCAGAUGAAAGAGAAAACCAGGACAGCUUCAGCUCCGCAUUCGAGCAGAUCGUUGAGCAGGUUGAUGUUCCAGAUGAAGAAGAAGAGGAGGAGGAGGAGGAGGAGGAGGAGCGGGAAUCUGAGGAGGAGAGGGACAAAAGCAAGGUGGUGGACAGCAAAGAUGGCUUCAGCUCCACGUUUGAGCGCAUCGUAGAGUCUGCCUUGUUGAGAGGGGGGACAUGUUACAGCAGCCUGGACUCUCUGGACGUGCUGUCUCUCACCGAUGAGACGGACAGCUGCGUCAGCUUUGAGGCCCCACUGACUCCUCUGAUCCAACAGAGGGCGCUGUUACUGGGGCCAGAACCAUUGGAGCUGGAGCUGGCAACAGUUGAGGAGCAAGAAGGGGCUGAGGCUGGACCUGAUGCCAUAGAUGGUGAUGUCACAGCCGAGCAGAGCCCUGUCCGAGGAGCUGUGGCUGGAGUAGGGGGAAGUCCGUUACGGACAACCAUACCAGGUAGCAGGUCGGAGUUUGUGUUGAGCCAGCCUGGACGCUGGGCCAUCCCUAAUGGAUACCACUCAGAGUGCCAACGCUCUGGAGCCAUGAUGAACUCUGUCAGUGAUGCCAACCUCACAGACGUGCUGUCUGACUCAGAGGAGUGUGAUCUGGGCAGUCUGGAGCGCUUGGAGCGUGGAAGCACCGACACCCUGGCCAAUGGCUGCCGAGCUGAUGGCGAGGCCGCCAAAAGGCUGGCUAAGCGCCUCUAUCUGCUCGAGGGCUUUAAGCGCUGCGAUGUGGCCAGACACCUGGGCAAGAAUAACGACUUCAGCCAGCUGGUGGCUUCGGAGUACCUGAACUUCUUUGACCUCUCCGGACUGUCCCUGGAUCGAGCCCUGAGGAACUUUCUGAAGGCCUUUCCACUGAUGGGAGAAACUCAAGAGAGGGAACGGGUUCUGGUUCAUUUCUCCAGACGAUACUGUCAAUGCAACCCGCAGACGCCCACAUCUGAAGGUGAGUCACAAAACGAAUGUCCUAUCUUACCAGGGGAUCUCAGACUUACUAUCACAUGUACUACCUUAGUAUGUGGUACUAUGAGUACAAGCUUAUGGGCCAUUCCCAUCUGUACCGGGUCGGCCCGGGCCGGGUAGCCCCGGUCGGCCCCAGCCUGGCCCGGUUGAUUCCACACAUCCUUGCCUUAAGCCCAUGUGGGCUGAUUCUACCCACCAAUCAGAGGCUUGCUCUAAUGGAAGGUGUGAAUUUGCUGUCAGCAGUGGGUGUGUUGGCCCUGGUCGGCCUGAAGCAGACCCCCUCGAGAAGAGGGCUGAGAAUGAGCCUUGGUCGGCCCGGAAAAAUACCAGGCCACCCAGAUAUGUAAACAACCUACGCUACCCGGCCCGGGCCGACCCGGUACAG